AUGCAGCCAGACAACAGACCUGCCCCCACCGCCAAUUCGCGCGCAGAGCCGCAAUCAAGGGACUGCAGCAUGCCAUAUCUGCCUAGGCGGACCGUAGCAUCGGCCUUGACGGCCCUGGCUCUCAAGGCGCAAAACGCGCAGGGCCAUGACGAGCGAGGCUCCUUGCCAAUGAAUCGCGCAGAGACGUUCCAAUCGAGAGGCGCAAACCUCAAGCCUGGGCACGACGCGGGGGUGGAUGUCUUGCUCCAUCCUGUCUUGAACUAUGAAUCCUUGAUAUUGGACGAGGAUGCCUUUCCGCAGCAGCUACCGACACCGAUUCACAAAAGGGACCCCACCGAGCAAGGACUCAUUCACAUCUUCGGCGAGACCGCCUAA